UGGACUGUCGGUAUAAAAUACGAAUGAGGUUAGCCUCGUGCGAGAAACGUUAUAAUAAUUAUACGAAUUUAUAUUUAUGUAAAUAUUACUUCACAGAUAGUGUAAUUUAUAACAAAUUAAAAUGGCGACAAAAAAAUCCAAAGUGGCAACAAAAGGUGCUAAACAGAUAGUAGAAGAAAAUAUUUCCACUUUAAGUUUUUACAGAAAUAUGAUAUUUGGAGCAUUAGGAAUAUAUUUUAUCUUUAUGUUAGUUUUCUUUGAAUUUACAACUUUAAUAAUAACAUUAACAAUUUUUUCUACAAUUGUAUACGUUGCAAGUUAUCAAUUUAUGACAUAUAUGGCACGUGCAACUUAUUUAGAAUCCGGUCAACUUUUAGAUUCCGGAGUAGAUCUUAAUAUAGAAGGUGGAAUUGGAGAGCAUGUUAAAGACUUGAUUAUAUUAACAUCAGGAGUACAAAUACUUUCACUUGUAUCGAAUUACUUUUGGCUUUUAUGGCUUUUGGUACCUUUAAGAGGAGGUUGGAUGUUAUGGAAACAAAUAUUAUCUCCAUGGUUUUUCUCUUCACCUCAAGAAGAGCCAGAAGUUAAUGAAAAAAAACAACGAAAGCUGGAAAAGAAAAUAGUAAGAAGACAUUGAAAGGAUUUAUCAUGGUUCUAAGUAAAAAACUGCAAAAUGAUGAAAUUUCUAUUAAUGCAAAAUGUGAUUCAUUUUGUUACUACUUAAUAUAAGACUUUUAAUGAAGAUAAUCGAGUUAUUCCAUUUGCAUUUUAUUUUCAUCAAGUAAAUGAAAUGACUUGGUAAACAAAUUUAUAGCAUUCAUAAUGAAUACAUUGUUAUACAUUUAAACAAAUUUCUUUACUAAGGAGAUACUCCAUUUGGAGCUUAAUAUGAUAGUCACGUUAACUUUGUGAAAAAGUGCAAUGAAAAUAUAAUUAAAAUUUUUUUUCUUUUAAGACGUUUACACUUAUAUACAAUCAUUUAUCGAUUAAAUUUAAAACAAGACAAUUAACCUGAUAUAUAGUUGAUUAUUAUUGAUAAUGUGAAAAAUAGAUAAGAGAAACAAGAUUUUGA